AACCAGCAAACAUGCGAAUGGAUGAACGCACUGAAAAGGAGAUUCCCCCAACCGAGCGAGGAAUUAAAAAAUUAUUUUCUACCACGGUACAGCAUAUGUAGAUGGCGAGAGGAAGUCUCCUCAGUUGACACGAUUCAUUCGCCUCAACGGAAAAAAAAAAAAAAAAAAAAAAGAUACAUGCGUAUAUAUACAUAUGUACAUACAUACAUAUAUACAUACAUAGGGGUCAUAAAAAGUACCUUACGCGGGCGCGGACCACUGCAUCAUCCGUAGCUGACGCGUAGGAGAAACCCACCGAGAGAGCGUUCCUUUCGCGCCGCGAAGAAACGUGAAGAGAAGGCGCGGCUCUCCAUAGUGUUCAACGAGCCAGUCAAGAGGGGCAACAAAACGACGGGCGCGCUGAUUCACGCGUUUGUGUUUGUACGUGGGCAUGUAACUCACCUAAAGGAGUAACGCGAGUACGUUUGCCCAUGUAGAUGCGUCGCCCCUCCCUUCCCGCGCUGGCUUCUGACCCGUUGCGCUCGAUUGAUGAAUGGUCACCGCGAGGAGGACAGGGGGGGCACCAAAAGAAGAGAAGCGACGAAGCGGAGAAGAUAAGUGGUUGGCCAAUUGACCAGCGACGCAGGCGGGUGCCGAAAGAUGGGCGUGCCGGACAAGAAGCAGUACCGCAGCUCGAGCGAAAAUCACAGCGAGGAGGGGAGCUCCUCGGACGAUGAAAGGGUCAAGAGGAGCAGGCUACUUGAGAGGAGGCGACGGAUGGUGGAGAAGGAAAGAGAUGACAUGAUGAGUCGGAGGAGAAGGAGAGACGAAGAAGAAGAAGGAAGCAUCGACAGUGGGAGGAGAAGACGCAACAGACGAAUGGUAAAUAACAGCAGCGAGGAGGAGGACGACGAUGGAGAUGACGAAAGUGAUGAUAGUAGAGGGGGGAGAAGCGGCAGUGGGUACUCUUCCCGGGUGAACAGAGAACAUAGGAUGAAACAGAAAAGGAGAAUGAGACCAGGGGAAAGUGAAGAGAGGAGGUGCUCUAGUAGCAGCCGAGGAGGGUGGGGAAGCCCUAUGAGGGUCCGACGAAGGAGGGAAAGCCCUGAGAUGCCUUCAGCAAGGAGAGACAUGAGGAGUAGUGAGCGUAGAAUUAAAGGCCCGCCGCAUAGGCAUGUGGAAAUGCGGAUGCGGGGUCGGGAGUGGUAUGAGAGCCCGGAGAGGAGCUACCCGGAGGAGUGGCACAGGGGGAGGCACGCAGAGAGGCACGUAGAGAGAUACACCGAUAGGCACGCCGACAGGCACGCUGAUAGAUAUAGGGAAAGACGAAUUGAGAGGAGGCGGAGGGAGAGCGAUGACAACGAGGACGAUGAUGAGGAGGAGGAGGAGGAGGAGGAGGAGGGGCGAAGGGGAAAAAGGCGAGUCAGUGACGGCCGUGGAAGUAGCGGCGGUAGCGAGGUGCACCGAGGGAGGAGGUACAGAAGCCGCAGCAGGAGUGCCCACAUGAGACUGAGGGAGGGGCGCAGCGGGCGUAGUGAACGGGGGGGGAGAAGCCGGUCCAGGAGGAGAAGCAGAUCGGGGAGAAACAGAUCGGGGAGAAACAGAUCGAGGAGGAGAAGCCGCUCCAGGAGGCGAAGCAGGUCCAGACGGAGAAGCCCGUCGCGGGGGCGAAAGCGGGAUAGAAACAAAACGUACAAAUUUGACUCUCCACCCGAGUCGGCCGACGAAGGCGGAAGGAAGAAAGACACCAAGAGUCACCAGAGUAACCUCACCGCUAAUGUAAAAGGCGAAGAGGGGAUAACACCCCCUGCGGCGGCGCAUGAGAACACCAACAGCAGUCAGAAGGGCGCACCCAGUAACGAGGGUGGAAGCGCUAGCCAAGUGAAGACCGAUUUGGGAGCUAGCCAAAGCUACAACUCCAGCAACAUUGAGAGUCUAAUUAAGACGUUGGGUGGUGGUAGCAACUUGGUGAGCAGUUUGACGUCCACGCCGAACAGCAACCUGUUGACUACGCUGAGUGGCAGCGUGGGAGGGGCGGCGCUCCUCACCGAUGCGUCUAAAGGGGGGAUGAGUGUGGCUGCUCCGGAUGGGAAGGGCAAGGCGGUGGGAGAGGACCAGGGGGUGGGAAGUGCUAUAGUAGGGUUAGGCAGCGGCGUACCGGGGCUGGGUUUGAACCCGCCGCAGCUGAACAUGCUUCUGAAUGGGCAGCUGAAGCUGGACAACCAGGCCCUCCAACAGCUGUGCAAAGGCGCUCUGGGCAUUAACGAGCUGUGCCUGUCCUCCCUGGACGCAACUGCGGAGAAGACAGCGAGGGAGCUCUACGUGGGGAACAUCCCGCAGCACAUCGAGGUGCAGGAAAUCGUGAAGUUCCUCAACAAGUGCCUGCUCAUCCUGUACAACAAGGAUAGCGGCAGCGAGCUGGGGGAGGAGCGGGAAAACGCGCCGGAGGAGCAGGAGAGGGAGAGGGACCACCCGGGGCAGAGCCAGGGCCAAGGCCAAAACGCUGCGCAGAGCCAAAGCGAAGACAUCUGCCUGAAGGCGUGCAUCCGGGGAGACACGCACUACGCCUUCGUGGAAUUUAGAACCCUGCAGGAUACCUCCAACUGCAUGCUGCUAAACGGGAUCAACUUCUACGGGAACAACCUGCGGAUCGGCAGACCCAAGACCUUCCCCACGGAGCUGACGAGCCUCAUCCCACCAGCUACCAUCCCCCCGAUAGACAACUACUACCUCUCCCAGGGAGUCAUGGGGCUCCAGGCCUUCGCCGUUUUCCUUCAAAAUGAGGAGAAGAUGAAGAAUGCCCACCUACCCAUGAGCAUGAUCAAGCUUCAGAAGCUCUGCGUUUCUAACAUUUCAAAGAGCAAUGAAAGGGGCAAGAUAAGAGAGUUAUUGGAGGCCUUCGGAGAAAUAAAAGGGUUUGAGUGCUUCGAUGGAGACGAGUCGACUGACACGUACAUUGCAUUGGUGGAGUAUGAGACCCCAGAAAAUGCCAUGCAGGCACAGAAGAUACUUAACCAAAAUACAAGCUACAAGGUUCAGUUUGAAUAUGAAAUUGUGAGUGACCCUAUUAUUAAUAAACUUAUAAAGAGGAAGUAUAUGUCCUCGGAGAAUGCCUUCCUCUCUCAGCAGAUCCCCACGAGGGCUGUAGUCCUUAGCAAAAUUGCAACGUUCGAUGAGCUGCUAGACAGCGGUGAGUACAGGGACAUCGUCGAGGACAUCCGGGUUGAGUGCCAGAAGUUCGGCUCCGUCAUCGAGGUGGUGCUCCCGGUUUUCUCGCGCGAAACGUUCGACUACCUGCGCAGGGGGGGGGACGCGGUUGGCGCGGUUAGUGCGGUUAGUGCGGUUGGCGUGGAAGGACUCCCGCCAGUGGGGUCGUUCCCCUUGGAAGUGACGCCCCACGGGGAAGUACCCCCGGAGGAAGUGCUCCCACCUGAGGUAGUACUCCCACCUGAGGUAGCACUCCCACCUGAUGGAGUCCCCCCCCCGCCUGCUGGCACACCACCUGCUGGCAUCCCACCUGCCGCUUCCGCCCCAGAGGAGGACCGCACCCACCCCAACUACGACCUGACGUCCAUCGGCUGCGCCUUCAUCUACUUCGAAACCAUCGAGGCGGCCACCAAGGCGAGGAAGGAGCUCAGCGGCCGCAAGUUCGGCGCCAACAUCAUCGAGGCCAACUACUACAGCGAGAAGAAGUUCCUCCUCAGGAACUUUAAGGACGUCAAAUACAACUUUAAGAAGACGCACUCCUCCCUCUUCAACGUCAAUUUGAAGAUGGGCAACUUGACCUACUCGGACUGCUCCGACGACGCCUGA